CCCAUUGGGCAGAGGGGAAGUCAGUGCUUAUGGGUGGUCUAGGUUUAUUUGGUCUUAAGGACCUCUCAAGAUCUCUUCCAGCCCCACAUUUCUAUGUUUAAGUUGUGACCACAAAGGUCUAGCAAUGUGUGACAUCUGCCACUAUAUCGGAUGCUUCAAAAAAGCAGAGGGAUGGACUUGGCCCCGUCAAGCAGUUUAAAUGAAGUUUCCAUUUCUAAGAGAUAUCUAUAGAGAUAAGAACAAACAUGUCCAUCAAAAUUAAAUUGUCCUUAGACACUUGGGACAUUGUUAUAGUUUAUUUUAUUUAGGUAUUCAAGUGUUAGACACUUAAAAAUACCAAGAUACAUACAUUCCCUUCCCCACCACUUUAACCCUGAGCCAUUUCUGUAUAGUUCACCUUGCACAAGCAUACACAUAUUCAACACAUACAACUGUGUAUAACUCUGAUUGACAUGGCCAAGACAAGUUUGUAACCAAAAGAAACAAGCUGCAGCUAAGGAAAUGGGGGGAGAAGGAUGCAACAUAAAAGCAACUAGACUGACAUCUUUCUUGCUCUUUCUUUGAUUGUGGGUUUUUGUUUGUACAGCCUGUUAAAUUUUGUUGGGAGCUAAAUUAGUAUUUUCAGCCCAGACAUGAGUACAGUGGACAAAUAGUGAUAUAUAGAUCUAAUGAAUCUGAUGUGUGAGACAAAGGGGACUGUACUUAAAUCCAGCAGUAGCUUGGAUUUGAUGGAGACAACACUGAAAUGGAGCCAUGGUUCCUGGGAACGGCUUUUUCUUUAUCACCUUGGUAACCUAGCUAACGUGAAUGCAAAGUUUUUGCCCAGAGAGAGCUUUCAGACUCAUGUACAUUAACAAGGGGGCCAAUUCCUGGUGACAAAAGGAGGAAGUUUGCCUAGAGGAAAGGCAAAUAAGGGGUUUAAUUCUUCCUCUUCCCACUUAAAUCAGGCAUACACUGUUACUUUACCAGCUUGUAUGCAGCUGCUGUGCGUGUAGGGAGUGGAUCAUUAUUCCAGUCAUAGUAUCUUCUAGCUACUUCCAACACCACUGAAAGAAAGCUUAAGAAUGAUGGAGGCAGGUGCACAGCAAGUAGCUUUUCUCUGCAAUGGUUUCCUAACAUCAGAUCAAAUCCUGCACUCUUUAGUCAAUGGGGAUUUAACCUAAGUAAAGAGUGUAGGAUUAGUCCUUGACAUUUCAUGAUACCAGCCUCCCAGCUCUGUGCACUUAGGGGCUCUUUUGUAUAGGUGACCUGCUCAAAGAUCAAAAGGGGGAUCAUUAGCUGCCUUUGUGGCACUGUCCUCCAGACUCCAGGGGGAGCAUGUUGUAGAUCUGGUCCACAUCAGGAGAGAGAAAGGAAAAUGGGUCAGCUGGGGGAAUGCAUGUUGUCCCCUCUCAGUCUCUUGGUGACUCCCAGAAAACCCUAAACAUAGCUUGGCAUUGUAUUUUCAUUUCUACAGAACCCUUCCAACUCCUUGGCUCUGGAAGCAGCUGUAACAAGGAGGCAACCUUGCAGCUGGUGGUAAGCCAGGAGAGCUCCAUUCAGCCAAUGAAGAGGUGUGGGGUCUCCCAUAGGUCCCUGGUCAUCUGUCAGGUUCAGGACUGGUCCUGUGGCCUACCCUGCUGGAGGGCAGAACCCACUCUUGCUAGAACAAUGGAGGAGGACCAUUGGAUCCUUGUAACAAUUUCCUCCCCCAAGGUCUUCUUCCAUGGUAAGAAUGAUCCAGCCCUCAGCUAUGAACAAUGAAUAGGAAAAGGAUAAUGUGUUUUUCAUAUGUAACACAUUCAUUGCAAUAAGGAUCAUAAAAAGCUGAAUGUUUAUCAAGCCAUAUUUUACUUGCAUUUAUAAUCAAGACUAUAGUUAUUUUCUUAGUGGAAACAAACAGAAUUACUGGAAAUGUAAAGGGUUUUGCAGCUGUUGAGGAAAGUGACCCCUUUUGUAUAGGUUUGCCACAGCGACGGGUACUUUAACAAUGCAUGUGAUAACUACUCUGGCACUUGGCCAAACCAAGACUGUAGAUUUGUGAGUGUAAUAGUUCAAAACCAUGCAGUACAAAUGUAUAGCACCCCAAAAUAAAAUGAUAGACUUUGUCCUUAAAACAGAUGCAUUAGACUAACAAGUCAUUCUCUGCAGUGACUGUAGAGACAUCUUGAUGGGAUGAGGCCGCAAACUUCACAACUGUCCCCCACAAAAUGAAAUCUUGCACCUUGCAAACUUUCAGGUCAGCACAAGGCCUAAAAAGCAUAGAAUCACUGCAAUUCCACUGUACAGGAGCGCACGGGCUGCAGAGUGGGAUUCUGGCUCCCUUUGGUAGCUCACAACAGGACUGUAUCAUAAAUAUUUCAACUCUAGUAACUGGUGGCCAGGUGACCUUUGUUCUUUCAUACACAUUCUUAGUAGGAAUCUUGAAACUAUGAUUUUUCCAUGUAGCAUUCAAAAAAAAUUUAAAACAAUUUCCUUCAUCAAAAAAUUGUCUCUCUUCAAAGGAUCAUUAUAUUUUGGGGGGGGGGGGGGAAGGGGAGAUAGCACAAAAUUCUUUGGACUCCUUUGUUACGUGUUUCCAACAAGGUUUGGUGCCAUUUACAGCUCUGUUAACAGCCUGCAACGCAAAAUGCAAGGAUAUAAAACACCAAAGCAAUAAAUGAAGUGAGUGGGGUAUAAGGGAGGUUAGACUCCUGCCUAAUAAAGAAUGAGUUAUGCUGCUGCUAUAGUACGUGACAAAAAUGCGUGUGUGGUGGGUGGGUGUUCUGUCUUGGAGGAAUUCAGUACUAAACUAGGUAGAAAUUGGUUUGUGAGUAAUCUUGGUCUCCACUGACUAUCUCUGUGCACGUUAGGAAUCCCAUUGUUGGGCACAGGACCCCAUUCAGCCAUUAGUUGGGAGGUGGUCAUUUCUGUGAAGAGCUUUAAAAAAAAAAAACUACCCACAAUGUAAAAGUCUUGAGGAAACUCACCCCCCAUUGAGCUAGUUAUUCCAGCCAAGUAAAGCAACUGAAAGGGCAAGAGAUACUAGGGGUUUCCUGACUUUGAGCUGUUUGAGGGAUCUCCAGUUCUGACUGUAGUGUGUAAGAUGCUCUUUGCUGUUUUCCUGACCGUUUCUCUGCUGACUUCUUUAACUUCAGCAAAUGACACUGACAUCGGGGAGGAAAUUCCAGUCUUAUUUACCCUGCAAGAUUCCCUGGACUCCUGCAGAGCUGAAAUCAAUGAAACCAUCAUCUGUACCAAAGACCUGAUUGAGGUGGAGAUUCCAAGUAAAUUCUUUCUAACAAAGAACCCUCCAAUCCUAAUCUCUGAUUUACACCUCAAUGACCCAGAAUGCCAUGGCACUGAGACAGGAAGCUUCUACGUAUUCAGCAUUAAAACCAAUUUCACAGACUGUGGGACUAGAAUGGCUUCUGAUGGUGCACACAUUGUUUUCAUCAACACUAUACAAAGCAACUUCUCUGAUAUAAUUACAAGGACCUUUAUCAAUAUCACAUUUGCUUGCCGAUACCCUGUUAAUUACAUGGUACAACAGCCUAACGGAGAGAAUAAAAUCAGUGUUGACAUCAGAACCAUUACACUGAACACAGAAGAUGGGAAUUUUUCUGUCUCAAUGAUGCUGUACAAGGACCCAAAUUUUGAGGAUAUGUGGACUACCGUUCCCUUUCUAACCCUAGAGGAUAACAUCUUUGUCAAAGUCAAUAUGGUCCCAGGUCAUUUAAUAAUCCAACUUGAAAACUGCUGGUCUACACCAACGAAGGAUCCUUCACAUGCUGUUCAAUAUUCCUUUAUAGAAGAUAGCUGCCCCCAAGUUGUCAAAGAUGAAACACUGUCAGUAAUAAUGAAUGGUGGAGGUGCAGAAGCAAUGUUUAGGAUCCAGAUGUUCAAGUUUGUUGGCAUCUCUUACAAUGACAUUUUCCUACACUGCACAGUUCAGAUUUGUCACAGUACAGCAGCUGUUUGCAAGCCAAAUUGUACUAAUUAUGGAAGAAUAACCAGGAAUAAAAGAGAAACCACACCAUUUCCUACUCACACAGUCUCUUUUGGUCCCAUCAAGCGAAAGCUGGCAGAUGAUGGAGAAGCUAAGAUAAAUAAAGGAAAACUUCCACCAGUUGAAACCUUGAUCCUUGGAGGAUUGCUAAUGGCAUUUUUAGUUAUAACUGGAGUCUUUGGAACACUUUUGCUUCAGUCAAGAAGAGCAUAUCCUCCUAUGCAAGCUCAGCUGACUAUGUCACAUUUUCAGAACUCAGAAGUAGCAUCAUGAUUAGCUGAUUCCCGCAUCUUACAAUAUUUGAUCCGAGUCACAGCAAGGGUCAUGAGGCCUAAUAGGGUGCCGAUCUCAGAUUAACAUUUAUUUUAUACAUGUUUAUGAUUUUUAUUUUUGAUUCAAUUGAAGGCCACAGAUUAAUGAGAUUACACUUUUCUGUUCAGCAUAAUAAACAGUACUGUUUAUUAUGGAUUGGUAAAAUAAUGCAUGCUGAGAACUUAUGCUUUUUGGAGUAUUUUAAUUUACCACAGACUUGUCAUUUUCCCCAACCUAAAAAACCCUCCUACUCCACCAAAAAAGGCCACUCCAAUUGUUUUGGCAUAAUCACCAAUGGGCUAGUGCCUCAAAGAUAAACAGACUCUUUCUGACUGAAGUUGAUUCUGAGUCACUGGUAGAAGUCAUGGAACGGACACUUAAACUACUACUGUUUCAGUGACUAUGAUGGUAUUAAAAGUAUAAUUUGCAGGAUCAUCAAAGUCAUCAAUGUUCUACUCUUCCAAUUCAAUAGACAAGUUUCAUUCAUUGGCACAUUUUAUUUUGAAGUACAUGAAGAAACUAAAUUUCUGCAUUCUUUGAGAUGAGCAUUAAUCCUUUGUAUCUUGCUACUUGACAGACUCAAGAGAUAUGGUUACAUCAUGAUCAAAAUUAGUAGUCUAGACCUAAUCCCAUCCCUGUAACAAUGUUAAAACACUGGAUAGGCCAUGAUUUGCUAUAGAAACCCAGUUGGCAGUUUGCUGUCUACAUUAAAAGUUUUAACUAUUAUAACUGGGUAUGGGAAUAAUUGUGUUGAAAGCAGGGACCUUGACUCAGUCAUAAUGGUAAUGUAGAAGAGGGUUAAAAUACCAUUUCUUCCUAUAAGCAAACAGGUCUUUCAUGAUUAAAGGCAGAAUGCAUUGAGGCAACAGUAAGAGAAAUCUAACAGGUCAUGAGAGCGUCUCAAACCACUUCUCUUAUAAUGUCAGUAUGCCAAAUGCUGUGAGGCUUAGUAUUAGUAUUGUUGCUAUCCUAUGACAUUACAAAAUGAACCCCCGUUUUACUGUU